UAGUCUCUGGCCUUGGGAGACCCUACUGGGUCGCCAUAAGUCAGCUGUGGCUCUUGACAGCUCUGGCCAUAAACCACCCAGUUGCCUUCCCUCAGAAAGUCAGAUAUUAGCCGGUGUGAAAAGACCUCUGACUGGGCAGAGCAGACAUAAGAAUUUCUGACAUGUUGGCCGCAGACGAAUUUCUACGAUCACCGCCAAGGAAGACAGUUCGGUUUGGUGGCAACCUGACAGAUAUUCUGCUAAAAUACAAGAAGGGAGAAACAACUGAUUUCGAUCUGUUGAAACAUCAGCUGUCAGAUCCAGACAUAAAAGAUGACCAGAUUAUUAACUGGCUGCAUGAGUUCCGGUCUUCUGUUGCGCUGCUGACAAAGGAAUUUGAACACCUUGUCAGGAUCUUGUUGAAAAUACCAUGGCUCCGAAGAAGCAAAGCUGUAGAAGAAGAGUUCUUGGCUUUCCUGAGCAACUUGGUGUCAGCCCAGACGAUCUACCUGUGGCCCUGUCUAGCUAUGAUCAUCUCGCACUUUACCCCCCCUCGAAUCACUAUACGGGAGGACGGUGUGGACAUUUCUGAUUCAGAUGACGACGACGAAAAUGUGACUAGAUCCUUUGACACAUGUCACAAAGCGUUGCAAACAGUUGCCAGAUACGUCCCCUUGACACCACAGUUUCUUAUGCCUGUGCUAACUGAAAAAUUCCCCUUCAUCAACAAGUCAGAAAGAACUCUGCAAUGCUACGUCCACAACAUCCUUCGAAUUAGCGGCUACAUCCCAGUCCUGCGGCACGACAUUUUGGAGCUGGUGAUUGAAAGGUUGUUAAAGAUUGAUGUGAGCGCCCCGAGAAAAGAUAUCGAAGCUGCAGAAGAGGCGGAAAACGAUCCGGCCUCCGAAGAAGGACUCUUCAACAUGGAUGAAGAUGAGCAAAACGGAGCGAAGAACGACAUAAUGGCUCACCCGAUUGCAGAGCGGCUGGACCUCUUGAUGACCGUCUUAUUUUCCUACGUUAAAGAUUUCUGCUAUGUAAACGGCAAGCUUGAUCUUGGGCGAACGAAGGACUUGUAUCGGGAUCUCGUGCUGAUCUUUGAUAAACUCAUCUUGCCCACCCACGGCUCAUGCCAUGUCCAGUACAUAAUGUUCUACCUGUCCAGCUUCAAACUGGGAAUCGCGGAAGCCUUCGUGGAGCACCUUUGGAAGAAGCUGCAAAAUCCGAACCACCCGGCGGUGAUCAGACAAGCUGCCGGCAGCUACAUCGGCAGCUUUUUGGCCCGAGCGAAAUUUAUCCCCGUUAUUACAGUGAAAGCUUGCCUCGAGUUGUUGGUCAGCUGGCUGCACAAGUACAUCGACAACCAGGGCUGCGGGUCCCGAGCCUUUUGCGACGUUGCUCUGCACGGGCCCUUCUACGCCGCGUGCCAGGCUGUGUUCUACGUGGUCGUAUUUCAGCAUAAGCAGAUUUUGGAGGGAAACCUGAAGAAAGGUUUGGCUUUCCUGCAGAGCUUGAACUUCGAGCGCAUUGUGAUGUGCCAGCUAAACCCCCUGAAGGUCUGCCUGCCCCCUGUUGUGAACUUCUUUGCGGCUGUAACCAGGAAGUACCAGAUUGCGUUCUGUGACACCAUCAUUGAGAGGAACCGGAGACAGGUUUUGCCGGUUGUAAGGAGCAGCAUUGGGGGUGACACAGUCGAGACCAUCACCAACCCCCUGGACAGCUUUUUCCCUUUUGAUCCCUACGUCCUCAAAAGAUCAAAGAAUAUAAUUGACCCUUUGUAUCAGUUCUGGGAAGAACAGGAUGCUGAGGAUUUCACAGGGGCUGCGGACUCCACUGAUGAGGGCAAAGGUGAAGAGGAAGAUGACUUCCUGAAAGGAGAAACGCCCCACAGUGAUGGUUUGAUUGGCACAACUCUGGGACUCUUUGAUUCAGCUCUUCAGAGUCCAGACAGUUUCACAGAGUCACCACCGGUAACUUCUUUGCAGCGGUAGCGCCAGUCUCCGGAAUCAAAGGGCCAAAGUGUCUUCAGUGGUGAGAAGGGGUUUUGCGGAGUUCCUUCGGCCCGCUUCUUGAAUUGCCGAUUCCUUCAAAGCCUUUUUGGUAGCAAAAAGUCCAACUGGAGUAUAGGCAUCGCCCUCCGAAGCACGAUUGCUUUUUACGGAACUCGAAUUGUUUCGUGUGUUGCACUGAAGAGAGUCACUUUAACACUUCCUCUUGGGGUUUUUUUUCCUUCCUGGGUUUUGGAGCGGCUGUUCUGAUACAUUAACGGACCCCCAGUUGUGAUCCAGAGAAUACAGAACAGAACAAACCUAAGGGUCCAGUUUUGAAUCUUAUAUUCUUCAUUAACUGCGGUGUUUGAUUCCUUGUGCAAUUCUUUUAAAUAGGUUUUUUUUUUCGUUUGCUUGUUUGUUUUUGUAAAUGUUUGGAUUGAAAUGGUUUCUGGGGUUUUUUUCCCCCUUUCUCCCAGUGUGAUGUCAGUAAAAAAGAUAGAAUGGAAUAAAAGUUAAAAGAUCUUG